AUGCGAAGGAUUCCCAUCGCAGAGGGUCUCGCCUCUCCCUGGCGAUGUCCCCCAACACGGGUUUCAGCCAGAGAUCUCCGCUGCAAACACCGGGUCGCGCAUCAUCCCAGCGGGCGUACAAGACACAUCUCCUCUUCCACAGUCCCAAUCAGCAAUGGCUCCCAUCUCAAAACCAAGCGCCGGGCGCUGUCAGGGCCGGUAUCAAGGCAGUCACUACACACGGUCCAGGACCUCAAUGACGACGUCGCCGGGCAAUCGAUGAGCCCACCCGAGUCAAAAUGGGCGGCCUCGGAGGCCGAAUACGCCGCAAACUUCCACCGUAUCCUCACAAUUGGCCAACCGGAUCAAGUCAUGCAGGCCAUGACGGCUCAGCGGUCGGCCCGCCUGGUCGCGGCGCUGCCCCAGCCCGUCUAUGUCGAGGUCCUCCACCUCUUAUCGCCCUCCUAUUUUAUCCUGCCAUUCCGAUACCUGCAUCAUGGAACGCAUGAGUGGGCGGCCGAGCUCAAAUCAGUCCCACAAAUGCAAAGCAUCUGCGACGGCUUCAUUAAGAAGAUAACCACGAUCAUGCAGUACAGAUCCUACGCAGGGGGUAGGAAAAGUCUGGCCGAAUACACGCACCUGCUGGACUGUGCAAGGGCGACGGGUGACGGGGACUUUGCUCAGCGGUUGUGGGCAGCGAUGAAAUCGAAGGGAAUCGUCCCGGAUGGCGUGGCCUACAGUUUCUAUAUGGAGGCAAACGUUUGGAAUCAUUGCUACACUGGUGCAGAACGGGUCCGUCUGCAUCCAACUGAAAGGACCUUUCGGAUGCGACAGUAUACUAAACCAUCGGCGCGGGGCUACCAAGGUUAUCGAACCGCGGGGUACUCCAUUCAAAGACAUAUGCUGCAUGUGUUCGAGGAGAUGAAAAAUCGUGGACACCCAGUCGAUGAACGCACAGCGAUCAAUCUUCUCAUUGCCUCGGCACGGGUCGGUCGCUUAGACACUGUGAGGAAUGUCCUGAAUACUUUCUGGAACAUCGACCUCAACGCGUUGAACGCCCCUUUUGUCAACGAGAAUGCCGAGGACAAUCCGCCCAUUCCUCCCGUCCUGAACUACAGCUCAUCAUCCGCUCUACAUCCCACGGAGAACCUCUUGUUUGCCGUUGCUCAUGCCCUGGGCACGCUGCGGAGGAUUGACUUGAUGAUGAUGGUGAUCGAGUUCAUAUCUUCUUCCUACAACAUUGCGAUUUCCCAGCGAGUCUGGCGCGAGGUGUUCGAGCGGGCAUAUGUCAUGGCUAGCGACGCUGCUAAAUGGGGGCGGAUCGAGAAAGACUCGAUGCGAAGUGCGUUCCAGACCAUGACAUCGGACCCUUAUAAUGUCCAGCCGACUCUCUCUAUGUACCGGUGCAUGGUCAAUCUCAACAUCAGAGAUGCCAAGGUUGAACCAUGCUUUCCCCUGCUCCAGGGAGCAUAUGCCAAAUACAAGGACAGUGUGCAGAAGCGUGAGCAAGCGUUGGAUGCUCUGCUGCGUCAUUUGAAUCAGGCCCUGGACCUCAUGGCCGCCGGUCAGCCUGGUCCGUCACCCUUGGAGUCCCCUCAACUCUCCGAGGCCCUACACAUGUACGACAUCGCUCGACUGGAAGAGUGGGCGGAUGAAGGUCUCCUACAGCGCUGUGUUUUCAAGGUGACGGGCUGUGGCGCACCAGAGCUGGAUAUUCCGAAGGAUGUCUGGAUCCGACAAAAGGUACCGAAGUUGAUGGAAGAAUGGCGGGAUUUUCUGCCGGAGCAGCUUUAUAUCACUGGAGAAGACUGGCGGAUCGACUUUUGCGGCAACAGCACCAACCAAUCCGCCUUCAAGACGGCGCACCACUUCGUCCCGCAACGACGGCACACCGACCGGGAAAGAAUCUUUGCGCGUGAGACGCCGCCGAAGUUGGAUGACCGGUACAUCUGGAGACGGUUUUUCAACAAACACCUGCACCUUGAUACCUCAAUUCCGCUUUUCCGCCGCAUCCUCUCAUUCGAGCGGAUCCAUGAAUCAAACGAGCAACGCGAGGACCGCCGGGCAAAACAAAAGGUGGCGGAGCGGACUCCAGAGGUCUACUUCCCCCGAGGUCAUCCUCUGCAUAAGAGAAAUUCCUGGAAACGGGGGUCGUAUGGUCGACUCGUUGGCAUGGGGCGCAUCCCAAUGCCCACGGACGAGAUUGCAACCUGGGAUCGGGUCCCAGUAACCCCUGGUGAAGGCUAG